AUGAAGGCCAUUAUUGGGCAUCCGCACGCCUUUGUCAAGCGCGAGACGCUGCGUACAGUGUUCGCAGAAGCAGCUGGUAUUCUCAACAGCCGACCUCUUUGUCCAAGCAGCGAAGAUCCGAACGAUUGUGAACCAAUCACGCCAAGUCAUUUCUUACAACAACGGCAAGGUCUCGCAGUACCUCCUGGUUUAUUUCAAGACACAGAAAUCCAUUCUCGAAAGCAGUGGCGCAGAGGACAAGUUCUGGCCAACCACUUCUGGGCGCGGUGGAUUCGUGAAUAUCUUCCCAUUUUGCAAGAAAGAAAGAAGUGGAUGACGAAGAAACCAAAUUUGAGAGUGAAUGAUUUGGUGCUUUUGGUGGAUACAACUCAGCCUCGAGGACAUUGGCAUCUUGGACGAGUAACCAAGGUCUUCUUCGGAGCGGAUGGUUUGGUACGUACGGCAGAAGUAAAGACAAAGAUAUCGACUUUGGUGAGACCAAUUUCUAAGUUGUGCUUAUUAGAGGAAGCACUUUAA